UGGGCUUAUUUAGCGUUUAUGAACUUAAACACACCAAAUUUAAAUUUUUAACAAAAAAAGAAAAAUUGAACAAGUGAAAAACGAUAACCAAAAAAAUCAAACCAAGACUGCUGUGAUAUCCCAAAACCGAGAACCAAAAUAUUGAACCGGGCGGCGUUAAAAGUCUCUCGCCGCAGUUAAACUCUUCCGUACGCCAAAUAUCUAACAAGGAGCUCUUUAGAUUGAGACUAGUGGAAGAGAGACGAGCAAGGAAUUAGCAAUGGCGGCGGAUUUGCCGGAGGCGACAGUACAGAACAUUCUGGACCAAGAGUCUCUUAAAUGGGUUUUCGUCGGAGGUAAAGGAGGUGUUGGGAAGACGACAUGCAGUUCAAUUCUCGCAAUUUGUCUCGCCAGUGUUCGAUCCUCCGUUCUCAUCAUCUCCACCGAUCCUGCUCACAAUCUUAGUGAUGCCUUUCAGCAACGCUUCACUAAAUCUCCCACUUUGGUUCAAGGUUUCUCUAAUCUCUUUGCCAUGGAGGUAGAUCCUACCGUUGAAACUGAUGACAUGGCUGGUACAGACGGGAUGGAUGGUUUAUUCUCUGAUUUGGCAAAUGCGAUUCCUGGAAUCGAUGAGGCUAUGAGUUUUGCUGAGAUGUUGAAGUUGGUGCAAACAAUGGAUUAUGCUACUAUUGUGUUUGACACUGCUCCUACUGGACAUACUCUCCGCCUGUUACAGUUUCCGGCCACACUAGAAAAGGGACUUUCGAAGUUGAUGUCAUUGAAGAGUAGAUUUGGUGGCUUGAUGACUCAGAUGAGCCGUAUGUUUGGCAUGGAGGAUGAGUUCGGAGAGGAUGCUUUGCUGGGAAGACUUGAGGGCUUGAAAGAUGUGAUUGAGCAAGUAAAUCGGCAAUUCAAAGACCCGGAUAUGACUACGUUCGUUUGUGUCUGCAUCCCCGAGUUCUUGUCUCUCUAUGAAACAGAGAGACUUGUUCAGGAACUCGCCAAGUUUGAGAUUGACACGCAUAACAUUAUCAUCAACCAAGUACUAUACGACGACGAAGAUGUGGAGUCCAAGUUGCUCAGAGCAAGGAUGCGGAUGCAACAGAAGUAUCUUGAUCAGUUUUAUAUGCUAUACGAUGACUUUAAUAUCACAAAGCUUCCUCUGCUUCCGGAAGAGGUGACAGGGGUUGAAGCCUUAAAGGCGUUUUCACAUAAGUUCUUGACGCCGUACCAUCCUACCACUAGCAGGAGCAAUGUAGAGGAGCUGGAGAGGAAAGUACACACAUUGCGUUUGCAGUUAAAAACAGCUGAAGAAGAACUCGAACGGGUCAAGAGUGGCUAAAGAUAAGGCUCUGUUCUUCCCUUUAAUUGUAAGUUUCUUUCCUCGCCAUAUUCUUGGAACUCACUUGCUUUCUACAUGGGGGUCUUCUGGAUCUGCGUUGUCAUUUGGGUUUAUUGUUGUUUAUGUUUUGAACAAUUUAUAGGUGGAAAAUUAAAACUGAAUCUUUUUCUCUCUAGUUCUUCAUCUAGCAACAACUCUUUAUAGGACAGGAAAGAAGAUCAAGCAGAAUCUUCUUUUGCGUUGUUUUAUUGUUAUGCAUUGGAUUUGUUUUUAUAUUUGUAAUAAUCAUGACUACAUAGACUCAUAUCUACCAAGAAAUCGUUGUUUUACGACUUAAUCAGCUUUUUAUAUAUUAAGUUGAAGGGUAUCUGUGACAAGCGAAUGCUAUGAUCUCUUGUAACAGCUUUUUAUAUACUGUAGACUGGUCUUGCAACAGAGAAG